UUCUAAAUUACUUUUAUUUAAACAAACAAACUACAGACUGCAGCUACUGCAACAGAUCUAUUUCCACAAGAGAAGAUAGAAUUAAAUGUAAAAGUGAGCAUUAAAGAAAUGUUUUAAAAUGAAUAGAAAUUCUGGAACAGAUAAUUUACUGUUACUAUCGUGGUCUAACUAUGACAGCGCUGUUACAACAGCAUUCAAUAAAUAUCUUGCCUCGCAGACGUUUUGUAACGUUGUUCUGUGUGCGGAGGGGAAAACUAUAUCAUGUCACCAGGAACUACUUUCUGCAUGCUCAGACUGGUUCGAAAACAUUCUCUCAACCCUUGACAAAAACCUGCGCCCCAUAAUAAUUCUCAAGGAUGUGAAGUAUACCGACCUGGAGUACCUGGUCAGGUUUAUUUACUCCGGAGAGGUUGUAGUACCCAGGGAUCAGGUUCAGGAUGUACUCAAUACAGGAGAAUUACUUCAGAUUAAAGGACUUACUGAGAAAUCGGAUCGGAGUAAAGAUGAGCUUAAACGUGAAAAUCAAACAGUUAAUAAUAAUCGAGAAAAGAAAUCUGAUAAAGAAACCGUAACCUCUCCAAAAUUUGAAUCCGUAGAAAAACAAAAUUCCGGAUCAGAGAAAGACUCGGAAGAAGUAGAGAAGAUGGUCUCCGAGAGGGAUCUUGCAUCUGAGAAACUAAAAGGAAAAACUAAUUCAAAUCCAACGGAGAAGAAUUCUGUUCCUGGAGUAAGAUCGCAGCCUGAAAGAAUUAUCGAGUGUUCUGGAACUUCUGACGACAGUUUGAAAAUAGCAAGAAAAUCCUCUCCGACAGAACCUGGCACAAAAUCUAGUUUGGUUGGUCAGAGUACUGCCGAACCCUCUCCGAAACCCGAUGAUAAAAUUGUGUCCCCCAAACCAAAGAAACGGCGGAUCUAUGAGAACUCUGCCCCAGUUUAUGAUAACCGGCAGAUAUACGCCGCAGACUUAUUACAAACACAGUUGGAUUAUUCAGGUGAUGAUAUAGUGCUUGAGAAUGAUGAAGAUGGGUUUCAAGGAUAUGAAAGAUUAUCUCCGGUUUCUGGAGUAGAGGACUGUGGUCCGUUUAAGAAGAUUUGGUCGAAUACGUAUAUUGUUUACAAUCUUGGGAAAGAGAUCAUUUGUCUCCUUUGCUUUUGCAGGUUUACCCAGUUUAAAAAGUUUAAUCUUGAGCGGCAUAUGAGGAAGAAGCACCCUGACUACUACCAACUAGACCACGAGGUUAAGAAGAAGGUUCUAGACGUGUUGGUUGGAAGGUAUGAAGAGAUGGUUACUCCGGGUGUAGUGGCAUCAGUACCCUGUCAAGGGAAUGAAAGUAUGGUUUCAGAUAUUCUCCAGAUGGAUUCAAUUGAGUGGAGUUCAAUACUAGGAGAAGAUCUUGGUUCAAGAAGAGAGGAAGAUCUUAAACCCGGAGAGGAGCCUGGUAUAGACCAGGAUCUAGGGAUCGGAGACAAGUUUGACGAUUCUUUGCUCGAGUGUCAGAUCAAGCUUCAGUGCGAGGACGGAGAAAUUGGGUAUUUGUAAACCUGGAGAUAUCUCCGAUCCUGAUUUCUUUUUGUUCUUAAAAUUAAAAUUUAAAAAUUUUUAAAAAUAAAUUUACAUAUUAAAAAAUUUA